GCUGGUUCACCAUUGUCCAUAUGCAGUGUGUGUGUGUGUGUGUGUGUGUGUGUGUGUGUGUGUUUGUGUGUGUGUGUUGAGCAGCAGCAGCAGCUGAAGAGGCGUCAGAAGGCGACGACUCCUCAGAUCGACCGGCUGCUCCUCUGAGCUCAGCAAAAUGAGAAGUUUGAUAUCAGUGACGCUGCUGCUGCUCGUGGCCCUGACGCUCACCACCGAGGCCAACAGAAGAGCAAAAAAUCACAAAGGUGGUAAACAUGAGAAGUCCCGGCCUGCUUCAGAGUGCUCUGCUGCAGAGACUCAGUACGGGAAGUGUGUGCCAGAACACAGCGACUGUGGAGACGGUCUGAGAGACGCCACCUGCAAAGAUCAAACCAACAAGAUCCACUGCAAGAUCCCCUGCAACUGGAAGAAGGACAUCAGUGACUGUAAGUAUAAGUUCGGCCCGUGGGGAUCCUGCGACGCCGACACCAACACUAAGGGCCGGUCAGGAACUCUGAAGCGAGCGCUGUUCAACGCCGAGUGUCAAGCCACCGUCAAGGUGUCCAAACCCUGCUCCCCCAAAGUGAAGAAGACCAGAGGAGAGAAGAAGUCAAAUUAAAGAUGAACAGAAGAAGACGGCAGGAUUUCUUUCUCUUCCUCCAGCUGAACAAUCGUCUUCCCUCCUUCAUCGAACGCAAAACAACGAGAGAGACUCCUCCGAAACACACCAACCUUUGAUUUCUGGCCUCCUUUGAUUUUUAUUCUUGUGUUUAUUUGGAUUAAAGUGUGGAAAGCUUUUCCAGAAUCCUCCUCUAGAUGAUAAUAAUAAUAAUCAUUUUGUCCUCGUAGCUCAUAGUUUGUUUUAACAGUAAAUUUAGUCCUAAAAGCUUUUUACACUAUAGCUGAAGUUAAAUUAACGUUCUGAAAACGUCAGUCGCUGGAUUAUAAAGAGUUCUGUUCAGAACCUCCUUUAAAAUAUGUACAAAAUUAGAAAGGCUUGGAUGAAUCUGUAAUGGCAAAAAUCCUCUAUGAAAUCUAUUUUUUGAACUAUAGAUUGUUGACGUUCCAAGUUGAGACUUGUAUAAAUGAACAGAAUAAAUACUGUACAUUGUUUUGGUGAAGA